GUUAAUGGCACAGUACAAGCUUUCACAGACGAUAUAAGGACAAAAGCAGAGUCAGAUACGAUGUAUAUCCACGCAUAUGGUGUGUACAGACGAUGCCAUUACUAUUUUCACUUCCUGGUCUAGCGCCCAACCGAAGAGGGAUCGAGCGCGAAUACAUACACUACGCGUUUCUGUGGCAGUGGAGCCUGGGAGCAGGAGAGAUCUACUUUGCUCAAUACAGAUCUAACUUUUACAGACAACUAAUACGUAUCGGAGAACAGGAGAAAGACAUCGGAAACCCUUAGAAGCCAGCUUAGUGAACUAGCACAAGGGGAAGGAAAAGGGAGGCCGUAGUACAUCAUAGACCAGGCUGCUGCUGCUGUACUCGGGGACAGGCUCUCCCUCGGACCCUGGGCUCUACCAGAAAGACAGAAGCAGAGAGGCUGUCCAGGUCCGUGGUGCUGCCAUGGCCUGUGAGGUCGCUGUGUCCCACUGGUGAGGAGGGUCAUCAGAGGACAGGAGACAUGGUGGGACAGAGGCUUGGAGACUGCACUGAAGCUUUCUGUAGUAACCAUGGAAACAGUAUGGAGGAACCUGGCCUGCAUUGUUGUCAUCAUCGUCAUGGUUGCCACCAGGGUUGCAGAAAGUCGGACAGCUGAGAAUUUCACAGAGUCACAAGCAACGUUCCUGUCCAGCCUGGGCCAGUAUGAGAUUGCCAUCCCGGUCCGGGUGGGGCCGCAGGGCGAGACCCUGGACCCAGAGGAUAAGGGUGCAGAUGACCCCAUCCACCAGGGGAGAAGCCGUCGUAGCGCUGAGGACCAGCAACAGGACCUGCAGCAGCUGUACUACCAGCUCUCCACCCCCAAAACCAGCUUCCUCCUCAACUUGACCCGGCAGGGGGGCCUGCUUUCCCGCCAGUUCCGCGUGGAGUACUGGAGAAGGGGCCGUCUGGCCUGGAGCCACCCGUAUUCCCCUCAGUGUCUCUACGUAGGCCACCUGCAGAGUCAGCCGCACUCCAGCAAGGUGGCUCUUAGCAACUGUAACGGCCUGCAGGGGGUCAUCAUAGCGGGGGACGAGGAGUACCUCAUCGAGCCUCUGACCCCAGCCGAAAACCUCUCGAGGGCGGAGAGGGGGGAGAGCCGCCCUCAUGUGAUCUACAAGAGGUCAUCUCUCCGGCACCAGUACAUGGACCAGUCCUGUGGGGUCCUUGAUGAGAAGCCGGGGAAGGGCAUGUCCUGGUGGCAGAGGACUCUAAAGCCCCCCCCCAACCCCAUUAGCCGCGGCCAGCUUCCCCUGAAGAGGUCUGUGAGCCGAGAGCGCUAUGUCGAAACACUGGUGGUGGCCGACAAAAUGAUGGUGGGCUACCAUGGCCGACGGGACAUCGAGCAGUACAUCCUGGCUGUCAUGAAUAUUGUUGCCAAACUGUUCCAGGAUUCUAGCCUGGGGAACGCAGUUAACAUCGUGGUGACCCGCCUCAUCCUGCUCGUGGAGGACCAGCCAACUCUAGAGAUCAACCAUCAUGCAGGCAAGUCACUGGAUAGCUUCUGUAAAUGGCAGAAAUCCAUCCAAAACCGAAAUGGCAACGGGAAUGCCAUCCCAGACAACGGCAUCGCUCACCACGACACCGCCGUACUCAUCACCAGGUACGACAUCUGCAUCUACAAGAACAAGCCAUGUGGAACCCUAGGUCUGGCUCCAGUGGGAGGGAUGUGUGAGCCGGAGAGGAGCUGCAGUAUCAAUGAGGACAUUGGCCUGGCCACAGCCUUCACCAUCGCCCACGAGAUAGGACACACGUUUGGAAUGAACCAUGAUGGAGUGGGCAACGCGUGUGGCUCCCGCAGUCAGGAGACGGCCAAGCUGAUGGCUGCACACAUCACCAUGAAGACCAACCCCUUUGUCUGGUCCGCCUGUAGCCGAGACUACAUCACCAACUUCUUAGAUUCAGGCAUGGGCUCCUGCCUCAAUAACAUCCCCCCGAAGCAGGAGUUUGUGUACCCCACCACAGCCCCCGGCCAGGCCUACGAUGCUGAUGAACAGUGCCGCUUCCAGUACGGAGUGAAGUCUCGGCAGUGUAAAUACGGGGAAGUCUGCAGUGAGCUGUGGUGCAUGAGCAAGAGCAACCGCUGCAUCACCAGCAGCAUCCCCGCUGCGGAAGGAACCAUCUGUCAGACCAACACCAUAGAGAAGGGCUGGUGCUAUAAAAGGGUGUGUGUGGCUUACGGAACCCGCCCGGAGGGGGUGGAUGGCGGGUGGGGGCUCUGGACCCCAUGGGAGGAGUGCAGUCGUACCUGCGGAGGAGGAGUGUCCUCCUCCAUCCGCCACUGUGACAGUCCCAGGCCAACGAUUGGUGGAAAGUACUGUCUGGGAGAGAGGAAGCGCUUCAAAUCAUGCAAUAUUGACGAGUGCUCUGCAGGCUCUCGGGAUUUUCGGGAGAUUCAGUGCGCUGAGUUUGACACUGUUCCUUUCCGGGGAAAAUUUUACAGCUGGAAACCCUACAGGGGAGGUGGAGUGAAGUCCUGCUCUCUGAACUGUCUGGCUGAGGGAUAUAACUUCUACACAGAGCGAGCUCCGGCAGUGGUGGACGGGACUCCAUGUCGAGACGACUCUCUGGAUGUCUGUGUGAAUGGAGAGUGCAAGCAUGUGGGCUGUGACCGGAUCCUGGGCUCGGAUGUGCGCGAGGACCGCUGCCGGAUCUGCGGGGGUGACGGGAGCAACUGUGAGACCAUUGAGGGUGUUUUCAAUGACUCCCUGCCUGAAGGAGGUUAUGAAGAGGUGGUGAAAAUCCCCAAAGGAUCAGUGUUCAUUCAUAUACAGGAGCUUAACGUCUCCCUUAAUUAUCUAGUGCUGAAGAGUAAAGGUGACCAGUACUUCAUCAAUGGGAAGCUGACCAUUGACACACCUCGCAGGUUUGACAUUGCAGGGACCACCUUCCACUACCGCCGACCCACUGAUGACCCUGAGACCCUGGAAGCCUUGGGACCCACCAAUAUGACCCUCGUCGUCAUGGUGCUGGUUAGGGAGGAAAAUCCAGGGAUCCACUAUCGCUUCAACCCUCCAGUGAGCAGAGACCCUCUGAGUGGAUAUGCCUGGCACUACACAUCCUGGUCUCGCUGCUCUGUGCUAUGUGCUGGGGGCACCCAGACACAACAGGUAGUUUGUAAGAAGCAGUCAGAUCACUCCGUGGUCUACAACCACUUCUGUGACAAGAAGAGCAAACCGAAAGACAAGAAACGAGCCUGCAACUCUGAGCCGUGCUCUCCAAGCUGGUGGUCUGGGGAGUGGUCCGAGUGCAGUCGCAGCUGUAACGGGGGUCUGAGGACCAGAGACGUGCUGUGUAAACGGAAGAUAUCUCCUACAGAGGAGAAGGUGCAGGAUAACGGGGCCUGUACCUCCCCAAGACCCCCCCUCACUGAGCCCUGCAGCAACCACACCUGCCCCCCAGAGUGGUUGGCCCUAAACUGGUCUGAGUGUAAUCCCAGCUGUGGUCCAGGGUUCAGGCACCGUUUUCUUCUGUGUAAGAGUGGAGAGAAUGGGGACACUCUCCCAGAAUCCCAGUGUCCCAAGCACACGCGUCCCACCUCCAGAGUGCGCUGUAACCUGCAGCGCUGCCCACCCCCCAUGUGGCUCACAGGGCCCUGGGGAGAGUGCUCUGCCAAGUGUGGUCUGGGUCAGGAAAUGCGCUCUGUUCAGUGUCUCUCACACACUGGCCAGCUGUCCAAUGAGUGUCCAGACAUUCAGCGCCCGGCAGCCAUGCAGCAGUGCAAGAGCAAAUGUGACCUCAGCAGCCUACCUGCAGAUAACCCUGAGGGUGACCCUGAAGAGUGUAAAGAUGUGAACACAGUGGCAUACUGCCCUCUGGUGCUCAGGUUUAAGUUCUGCAGCCGGCCCUACUUCAGACAGAUGUGCUGUAAGACCUGCCAAGGACACUGACCCCUAAAGCAGACCCAGAGCCACCCCCGGCAGGCCCAGACCAGACCGCCAGAACUGCACAUUCUUCGGGGGGAGGAGCUGCCCAGCCAACUCUGCGUAGAGGAGGCUGACAUCAGGGAAGGGAGAGCUUGAAGGAGGAAGGUGAGAGAAAGAAAGCUUUCAUCCCCCACUUUGGAAGUGCCCUAACUGGUACCAGCUGUGGAGGCAGUGCUGUGAAGACCAGAUGGGCUGCUGGGAUACCUCUACGUUUCUAUGUACGUAUAUUCUUAGUGUUUGGUGCUACUACCAUUGCCAUGCUGGACACAGGACUGGCCAAAGUACUUUGUUCAGCUUAGUUACAUUUCUCUGUUGUUUAUUACGUGGCCCAAUUGUACCCUGAGACACUAUGUCCAUGUGUACCUUUACCUGUAUAUUUACAGACGUUCUGUGUGUACACAAAAUCAACACUGUACAAAUGAAAUUUUCCUCAUACGUUACUAUCAGUUACCCAAUGUAAUGUGGUGUUUGUUAUCUGGUGGCUCUAGCCAACUCACUUUGUCUACUAUUUUAUCUGGCCAAUGCUGUGUUUCAAAUGGACUCUAUAUGAGUCCUUACUAAUAUUAAGCUUAGCUGUUUGCAAGGAGUUUGAAAUCGUAUUGAUUUGCACAAAGGCAUAAGGAUGCUGUAUUUUAGAUACGGUGCCAUGGAAAGUAUUUGCCCUAUUUUAUGAUUUAAAAAAAAGGUGCUAUAUGUUGUCUGAUCUUCAGCCAAAGCCUUAAAGAUGAACACAGUCACAUGAUCAUACACCUGACAUGUCCUUCAUCGGAAAUGUUCCACCUUGCUAACAAAUCAUUGGUUUAAAAGACUGAGUGAUUACCGAUUUCAGCUCAUUCAAAAGGAGUGCAUCCGCCCCCCCAAACGACCUGCUGCACACCUGAAUCUUGAUUGGGCCUGCUGCCUGACCCAGUCGGGAUUCACCUUCAUUUGUCUGCUGCCUGACCCAGUCGGGAUUCAGCUUCAUUUGUCUGCUGCCUGACCCAGCCGGGAUUCACCUUCAUUUGUCUGCUGCCUGACCCAGUCGGGAUUCAGCUUCAUUGGUCUGCUGCCUGACCCAGUCGGGAUUCACCUUCAUUUGUCUGCUGCCUGACCCAGCCGGGAUUCAGCUUCAUUGGUCUGCUGCCUGACCCAGUCGGGAUUCACCUUCAUUUGUCUGCUGCCUGACCCAGUCGGGAUUCAGCUUCAUUUGUCUGCUGCCUGACCCAGUCGGGAUUCAGCUUCAUUUGUCUGCUGCCUGACCCAGUCGGGAUUCAGCUUCAUUUGUCUGCUGCCUGACCCAGCCGGGAUUCACCUUCAUUUGUCUGCUGCCUGACCCAGCCGGGAUUCAGCUUCAUUGGUCUGCUGCCUGACCCAGCCGGGAUUCAGCUUCAUUGGUCUACUGCCUGACCCAGUCGGGAUUCAGCUUCAUUUGUCUGCUGCCUGACCCAGUCGGGAUUCAGCUUCAUUGGUCUGCUGCCUGACCCAGCCGGGAUUCAGCUUCAUUGGUCUGCUGCCUGACCCAGUCGGGAUUCAGCUUCAUUGGUCUGCUGCCUGACCCAGCCGGGAUUCAGCUUCAUUGGUCUGCUGCCUGACCCAGUCGGGAUUCACCUUCAUUUGUCUGCUGCCUGACCCAGUCGGGAUUCAGCUUCAUUGGUCUGCUGCCUGACCCAGUCGGGAUUCACCUUCAUUUGUCUGCUGCCUGACCCAGUCGGGAUUCAGCUUCAUUUGUCUGCUGCCUGACCCAGUCGGGAUUCAGCUUCAUUUGUCUGCUGCCUGACCCAGCCGGGAUUCACCUUCAUUUGUCUGCUGCCUGACCCAGCCGGGAUUCAGCUUCAUUGGUCUGCUGCCUGACCCAGCCGGGAUUCAGCUUCAUUGGUCUACUGCCUGACCCAGUCGGGAUUCAGCUUCAUUUGUCUGCUGCCUGACCCAGUCGGGAUUCAGCUUCAUUGGUCUGCUGCCUGACCCAGCCGGGAUUCAGCUUCAUUGGUCUGCUGCCUGACCCAGUCGGGAUUCAGCUUCAUUGGUCUGCUGCCUGACCCAGCCGGGAUUCAGCUUCAUUGGUCUGCUGCCUGACCCAGCCGGGAUUCAGCUUCAUUUGUCUGCUGCCUGACCCAGCCGGGAUUCAGCUUCAUUUGUCUGCUGCCUGACCCAGCCGGGAUUCAGUUUCAUUUGUCUGCUGCCUGACCCAGUCGGGAUUCAGCUUCAUUGGUCUGCUGCCUGACCCAGCCAGGAUUCAGCUUCAUUGGUCUGCUGCCUGACCCAGUCGGGAUUCAGCUUCAGUGGUCUGCUGCCUGACCCAGCCGGGAUUCAGCUUCAUUGGUCUGCUGCCUGACCCAGCCGGGAUUCAGCUUCAUUUGUCUGCUGCCUGACCCAGCCGGGAUUCAGCUUCAUUUGUCUGCUGCCUGACCCAGUCGGGAUUCAGCUUCAUUUCAGGGACAGGUGACGUAACCUUCUCCUUAAACAUUCCUUGAUAUAGAACAUUCAGGGUUCCUUCAAUUAAUUGUCCAGCUGCUGAGGGAGCAAACCAUCCUCAAAAUAUCAUAUUACCAUUUCUCUGUGGUGAAUGAUGUGGAAUGCAGUGUUUUUCUUCUUUUCGUCAGACAUAACAGGACCCAAAAAGUAAACUCAAGUUUACCAAAUGCAUAUGGAAGCACCUGUUAGGUCUCGUCAAGAUUCCUGAAAUAAGGUUCUAUGGACCAGUCAAAAGUGUCAUAUUGUAAUGACAUGGGUCCCAUUUUGUCUGGCAAAAAACAAUUAAUCUGAGCAUACCUGGGUCAUGCAGCAAGACCAUAUUCUAAAAUACACAAGCAAGUCUAUAUCAAAAUGGCUGAAAAAAAACAACUUUUACAUUUUGGAAUGGCCCAGGCAAUGUUCAGACCUUAACCCAAAAUAGAUAUUCAGGCAGGACCUAUAAGACAAUGCAUCUAAAGGUGACACAACCAGUCAUUGAGUAUAAGGCGGCCAUCACUUUUUCACAUUGCAUAGGCAUUGCAUAACUUUGUUCAGCCAACAAAUUAACAAAGCAUAAACAUUUUGUGUUAUUUGUGCAUUCAGGUGUAUUUUAUUAAAUUACAUUUUGGAUGAACAUCUGACAACAGUAAAUGAAGAAAAGUAUGUAAAAUUAGCGUAAAUCUGAGAAAAGAGCAAUACUUUUCCACAGCGCUGUAUGUUUGGGUAGUUUUGAGGAGUCUAUUAUUGUACAGUGAGUGGAAACACAGUACCCAUCACUGAGUGAAUCACUUCCAACCUUGGAUUGAUAACAACAACUUUCACAUACCCUUUGGCCUUGGGUCAUGACUCAUGACCUUGAGUUUGACUGAUAGCAAGACAUUGCAACUGGGCAUUUAAUGGUCAACCAGUUAACUUCAGUCUCUAAAAUGCUGCAUGUACAGUAAAGGCUCUCUUCUAUCUACUGAGCUCACACUCAGAACCAGCCUUUGCAGUGUGUCCACUCUCUUUGACGGAACUGAUUUCUAUUGAAGUAACUACUAGGAUGUUCUUCUGUUGGUGCUCUGAUUGUGCUUUUGAAUGGUGCUAUUUCUUAGGUAAUUGUUGUCAUUGUUGGAUAUCAUUCUGAUUAAUAUAAAAUUAUUUUGUUUGAGGUUGGUGCUAAAGACAGUUGUGCUAUUGUAGUUUUAAGAAGUUAAACCCUUUCCCCACCAAAGUAUGGUAACUGUAUGGGAUAGGGCACAUUUAGCAUCUGUUACCAAACAUUCAAUACAAUAUUGUGUGAUAAAACUGUUUUUUAGCUAACUGAUAGUUCACAACACCAUAACAGAACUCUUUUAAUAAUGUCCAAUUAAAUAUGCAAGCUCAGUUAAUUUUGUUUUAUAUUUGAAACCCUCAGUGUCUGUUGAUGGUGUAAGGGCAAACAGUUUUACCAGUUUUGAGAGGGGCAGUAUUUUCUGUUUGUUUGUUUUUGUUUAACAUGCUAAUUGUUAAAGAUAUGUACUGUAUUGUCAUUACCGUUCUCCAUGUACAACCAUUAAAGUGAAUAAAAAUGGCGCAUUGUUAAUAAAUG